UGUCCAUUUUAUUGCACAUUGCAACGCCCUCUUUGUGAUUUGACACGUUCUGAGUGAAAACCUUCGUUUAAAUUUGCCGUUUCGGCGUUAAAUCAAACGCAUGGCGACCACGUGAUGGUUCCUAACGGGAGCUGACUCGCGUGACUCCCCACUAAGACGCAAUAGAACGAGCGGUGGCCGAGUCUCCUCCGGAGAACGGGCUCAUGGAACUGAUCCUACAUCAGCCUAACGGAGACACGGCCCACAGUCAGGCUGCAGCUGCUGGAGUCCGUUACCGACAACGAGCUCCGCUUCGCACAAAGUGGGUUUAACGGGUCCAACGCGCUGCAUGCAAACCUAAUGAGGAGGAGGAGGUUCGCUGCCGGAGCUCACGUCGCACGAGCUAAAGUCCCGAGUGUUUGUGGUGCCGUACAUUAACUCGGCCUGAAGGCGCACACGCGUAAUGAUUCAAGUUUUACGCUCGUCUCCUCGCGCGGCGGAGUGGGACGGACUUGAACAGACAGUCUGAGAGAGAGAGAGCUAGAGAGAGAGAGAGAGAGAGAGAGAGCUAGAGAGAGAGAGAGAGAGAGAGAGAGAGAGCGCAGCUUCCGAUGCACAAGUAAACAGCAGAACUUUCUCCAGCGGCGCACAGCAACAUGGCAAAGAAACUCUGUGGGACCAAUUACCCGACGAGCAUCUGCUUCAUCGUGGUCAAUGAGUUCUGCGAGCGCUUCUCCUACUAUGGCAUGAAAGCCGUGCUCACCCUCUACUUCGUCUCCUACCUGCACUGGGACAAGGACCUGUCCACCGCCGUCUACCACGCCUUCAGCGGCCUCUGCUACUUCACCCCCAUCCUGGGGGCGCUCAUCGCAGACUCAUGGCUCGGAAAGUUCAGGACCAUCAUCUACCUGUCCGUCGUCUACGUGAUCGGUCACGUGGUCAAGUCCGUCGGAGCCAUUCCCACCGUGGGGAACAGCGAAGCCCACAUCGCUCUGUCCAUGCUGGGCCUCAUUCUCAUCGCCUUCGGCACCGGGGGAAUCAAACCGUGUGUGGCCGCGUUCGGAGGAGACCAGUUUGACGAAGAGAACGUGAGCGAGAGGCAGAAAUUCUUCUCCAUCUUCUACAUGUCGAUCAACGCUGGGAGCCUCCUGUCCACUGUGAUCACUCCCAUCCUGAGAGGCGACGUGCAGUGCUUCGGUGGAGACUGCUACGCCCUGGCCUUCGGAGUUCCCGCCGCCCUGAUGGUCGUCGCUUUGGUCGUGUUCAUCGCCGGCAGCGGCUUGUACAAGAGGAACCCUCCGCAGGGGAACAUCCUGCUGGAAGUCUGCAACUGCAUCGGCUUCGCCAUCAAAAACCGCUGGAGGAGCUCGAAGCACGACGGCAAGAGGAGCCACUGGUUGGACUGGGCGGAGGAGAAGUACCCGAAGCGUCUGAUCCAGGAGAUUAAGAUGGUGCUGCGGGUUCUGCUGCUCUACAUCCCCCUGCCCAUGUUCUGGGCCCUGUUUGACCAGCAGGGUUCGCGCUGGACGCUGCAGGCCACGAGGAUGAACCUGGCUUUUGGAGAUGCCUUCGUUAUCAAGCCCGACCAGAUGCAGAUGCUGAACGCUCUGCUGAUCCUCGUCUUCGUGCCCAUCUUUGACCUCCUCAUAUAUCCCCUCGUGGGUCUGUGCAGAAUCAGGAUCACGCCGCUGAGGAAAAUGGCCGCGGGCAUGGUUUUCGCAGCCCUGGCCUUCGGAGCAGCGACGCUGGUGGAGGUGAACGUCGUGAAAACCGUGGUGGAGCCUGCACCCGCUGGGAAGUGCCUGCUGCAGGUCUUCAACCUGGCGGAGGGCGAGAUCCGCGUCCAGACGCCCGGUGGCCUGUUUACGGAGCCCAUAGGACACAUGCAGGACCCUCCUAAAUAUGAGAUGCUUGACCUGGAGGCGUCCAGCAAGGAGCUGAACAUCCGGGUCACGCUCAGCGGACGCACGUCCGACUGCGUCCAGACGUUCGAAGAGGAAACCGCCUACAGCCUGUUCUUCUACGCCACAGCUGCUGGAAUCCAGUGCAAGCUUGCUCAAGACUACAUAAAGAAAAACGAGGACGGGAACCCCAUGCUGAGAUUCUUCAACACGCAGCCGGAAGCCGUGAACCUCACUGUUGGAGACGUGACGUUCCACGUUCCCGGCGAUCACGGCGUUUCCUCCAACCGGACCGUGACCCGCAGAGAGUACCCAGCUGUCGGCUGCGUGUCUGCGGUGCAGGAGUGCUCCAGCCUGGACCUGGGCCUGCUGGACUUCGGCGCCGUCUACACCGUCGUACUCGCCAACACGUCGGGUGAGGUGGUGCCUCACAAGAUGGAGGACGUGGAGGCCAACAACGUGCACAUCGCCUGGCAGAUCCCCCAGUACGUCAUCAUCACGGCUGGAGAGGUCAUGUUCUCCAUCACCGGCCUGGAGUUCUCCUACUCGCAGGCUCCGGCCAACAUGAAGUCGGUGCUGCAGGCCGGCUGGCUGCUCACGGUCGCCUUUGGAAACGUGAUCGUGCUGAUUGUAGCCGAGGGGGCGGGACUGGAACAGUGGAUCGAGUUCCUGCUGUUCGCCGGCCUGCUGUUGGGCGUCUCCAUCAUCUUCUCCAUCAUGACCCUCUUCUACACCUACGUUGACCCCGAUCAGCUGGACAAGAUUUACCUGGAGGGUUCAGGUAAGGACGACGAUGACGUCAAGAAGAAGACCGGCGACCUACAGUUGGACCCAAAGGGGAAGAGCACCCGCCUGUAACUGCCACACCCUGUUUACGUACGUUCAGACAUCUGCUGUAGAGUUGUUGAUUUGCUCUGAAGCGUUGGAUCAGUUUAAGCACUAACCUUGAAUCAUGUGCUGAAUUUCUGUCUUAAGGUACUGAAAACUGUGAUUGUUGGGCAAUUUUUUAUAUGAAGACAUCAAACGUUAUAUUUUCAGUGAUGCUGAACACCAAUCAUAACCUAGAACGUCCUUAAUGGAGCAACAACGAACGCAAAAACGUGACCUUGUGCCUUUAACGCAGACAUUUAGGGACGUCGGCUCUGUGGGGACGUCCGGUGAGGAACUGCUUUGUCUCUGCAGCUGGUGAUUUAAUAACAAACACUCAAAUCCUACUGUAUUAACACGAUGCCUUCAAUCAGAAAAGCACAGUCUUUGUAUUGUUCUGUUAUAAUAAAACAGAGCCAUUAUGAGCAUCAGCUGUGAAAGAAGCCUGUUAAAGGUCCAGUUUAAUAACCUGAUCCAAUCUCUUUAUUCAGGGAAAAAUCUACAUUAUGUUAGUUCUGUAUGAAAAUCUGUAAAUAGAUGAUGCUGAAAUGUUUUAUGCUGUUGAAAGAUUAAAUUGUUCAGUCUGCCUCA